AGGAGACAAUGUCCGCCAUCGACACUGUGCGCGCUUGCAUCUUCCCCUUUACACCGCAUUCUCCAUGAAAUAGCUUUAACGCACGGCCCCAAGAAUGACCAGCUCGGGUGCGGUUCAGGUGAAACUAGAGCUUGGUCACCGUGCCCAGGUCAGAAAGAAGCCUACAGUGGAAGGUUUUACGCACGAUUGGAUGGUGUUCGUGAGGGGCCCAGAACACAGCAACAUUCAGCACUUUGUGGAAAAAGUUGUUUUUCAUCUGCACGAAAGCUUCCCAAGACCAAAAAGAGUGUGCAAGGACCCGCCGUACAAAGUGGAGGAAUCCGGGUACGCUGGCUUUAUCUUGCCCAUCGAAGUUUACUUCAAAAACAAGGAAGAGCCGAAGAAGGUGCGCUUCGACUACGACCUGUUCCUGCACCUGGACGGACACCCGCCCGUCAACCACCUGCGCUGCGAGAAGCUGACCUUCAACAAGCCCACCGAGGAGUUUGGCAGGAAGCUGCUGAAGGCUGGGGGGUACAGAGAUCCUCAUAAAAGAAGCUCAGAAGACUGUAAAGUGAUGGUCAUGCAGGAAGGGGCGUCCUCCCUGUUCAGACAACACCUGAAGCUUCCUGCCCUCCACACCGGCUCCAUGACCCUCACCUUCUCCGACAGCAAGAAGGGCAAGCCGUCCCAGGGGUCAAAGGUCACCCGAGACGUCCAGGAGGGGUCCAGGAGCACCCUCACCUCCGGCAGCAGCGGCCCGUCCACCAAACCGCCAAAACCAGCAGCGGAGCCCAGAGAGCGGCCCUUCAGAGACUCCAGGGAGCCCAAGAGUGCCUUCAGAGCCCUGGGCAGAGACCCACACAAACCCCCCAAAGACCCAUCCAGGACCCCCAAAGAGAACCAACCGCAGAGGCCCGACUGGCCCAAGAUGGGCUUCAAGGAGCCCAAGGCCGUUUCCCGGGAGGCCAGGCCGGAGGGACCCAACGUUAAGGCUACCGCCAAGAGGCCAGGCCCCGGAGACGCCCAGGAGCUCCUCGCCAAGAGGAGGAAGGAGCCCUCGGAGUCGUCACCACGGCGACCCCUCACGGACGCUCGGCUCCUUAAGGAGAGGCGGAAGGGAGGUGGGGGCGGGGAGGUGCCGGAGAGGAGCAGGACGGUCUCCACCCUGCCCCCGUUCCAGGACCUGGUGGACCCCAACGACUCUGACACCGAUGACAACGCGUCCCCCAAGUAUGAGUCAGAACAGCCUAGCCCAGCCAGCUCCAGCUGCAGCUCCAAAUCCAGCCUGACCCCCCCUCAGAAACGCCAAGUGCUGGAUCCCCUGCGCACAAUAAUUCGGGACCUUCACUCCGAUGAGGACGGGGAGUCUGAGGAGGAAGAGGACGAUGACAGUGAGAUCCACUCAGACCCGGAGCGGCCCCUGCACAACCACCUGUCCCAUCGGCACCGCAGGGUGAGUCUGAGCGACGGCAGUCAGAGUGAGAAAAGCUCCGCCUCCUCGCCCUCACUGUGGAACAACCCUCCAGCCUCACUGAAGACCGGCGGGAACCAGAUUGCAGAGGGGAAAAGCCCCGUGAAGCAGGCCAAGCUGGAUAAGAAAGGCCGAAACUCAGACGGAGACAAGGCGUAUCUGGAUGAGCUGGUGGAGUUGCAUAGGAGACUGAUGGCGCUGAGGGAGAGACACGUACUACAGCAGAUUGUCAACCUCAUCGAAGAGACGGGACACUUCCACCUCACCAACACCACCUUUGACUUUGACCUCUGCUCCCUGGACAGAACCACCGUCCGCAAACUGCAGAGCUACCUCCAAACAUCCGGAACGUCCUGACGUUCCGUCUCCAAAACGCUGGGAAUGUCCUAUGGUUUGGCCUCGGAGCGUCGGGAAUGUCUUGAGGUUUGGCCUUGGAACGUCAGGAACGUCCUGUGUUUUGGCCUGGGAACGUUGGGAUCAUUUUGAGGCUUGGCCUUGGAAUAUUUGAUUGUCCCAGGGUUUGGCCUUGGAAUAUCCAGAACAUCCUGUGGUUAGGGCUUGGAACGUCGGGAACAAGGAUGAGGAGCACCAGGGGGCCUAGAAUGAUUUUUUCCUUUUUUCAUUUACUUGAAAUCAAGCUGCAAUGCAACUGGCCAGCCAAUCCAGAGGCCUUGUAAAAAUCUCAGGUCUGUGUCCACACCUACAUCACCUGGAAAGGGCUGUAUCACCUUACCUGGAAAAGGUGGAAAACACCUAUAUCAGCUGCAAAAACAUACAUCACCUUUACCUGGAGAAACCAACAUACCUCACCUGGAAAAGCACCUGUGAGUGGUGCUUCACCUUUACCUGGAAAAAUGAUGCGUGAAAAAGAACACCAAAUCAGAAUAACACAGUGGGAAUGUAUUGGAAACAAAAUGGCUGUCCUCUUCCUUCACCAAAUGCACGGUCAGAUUCUUCAGUCUCAGGAGUUCAUCACCAGGAGCCCUGUACAAGCACUUCUCUGAUUGGCACGUUUUAGUCUCGGCUGUAGGAAGCGUGUCCAUGGAAACCUUGCCCCCAGAAACAGGAGCCCUUGGAAUUCAGUGAAAGUGGCCUAUCAAAGAUUGGAGGCACUACAUGUACACACUACACCAUCUGUAAGAACACACUUAAUAGUUCCUUUUUGCAGAACUUUCCCUCCAUACAAACUUAUGUGACCAUAACAAAACGGAUGGUUCAAAACCUCAGUUUUCAUACCCCUGGGUGUGAAUAUAUUACUUGAAUUGGGUAUUGAAAUGUCAUCGCUGUGGAAAUAUAAAUGCACACUUUAACCUCCUUAUGAAGAGACUGCUGUUAACUUUAGCUGGAUGAGUGAAGAGGAAGAGCGUUGUGGAUCAUUGAUUGGUCGGUGGUCAUGAGACCCCUCCACCCCAGGUUGUGGGGGCCGAAGCUCACUCUGAGGCUGGUUUGGAAAGCCAAGCCUGUUGUGACAGAUGAGAGGAACUCUUUAACGCUUAUAAGAAACUCUUUCUUAUAAAUGUAAUACAGUUUUUGUAGAAUGUCAAACUUUUUUUAACCGAUCAGUCUUAUUUAUUAUAUUUUUUGUAUGUGUCUGCUCUUUCACAGAAAUAUACUGCCAUUGGGACUUUUUAAUUUCUUGCAGUGGAAGCCUUUUUUUAUUACUGUGUGUGAAUAUUAUAUAUAAAAGAACGUUGUACAUACAAACAGCUGAAGUUUAUUGUGGUGGUUUCUGCUAGACCUAGAACCGUUAGCCGCCAUGCUAACAAGCUGUGGGUACAGCAGUAGCGUGGAUAAGUAAACAGAGUUUCACCAAAUGCCUGCAUAUUUUUACUUUGAACGAAUUUCACCCUUCAUUUCUCAGCCCAAAGAUGUCUGUUUCUUUCCGAGCAUCGAUGUAUGUUGUCUGUAUGUACAGUACAUAUAAAAUAUUGAUGUGUCA